CGAGUCGCCCGCGGGGUGCGCCCGCCGCCCGCAGCAUGCACGGCGCCGCUAUCCCCGAGGACGUCUGCGGCCUCCUGGCAGAUGUCGACACAUUUAUUUCCCAGACCCUAAAAGGAGAAAACUUGUCCAAGAAAGCAAAGGAGAAAAGGGAUAUUCUUCUUAAGAAGAUAAAAGAUGUUAAGGCAAGUUACCCUCAAGAAUUCCAGGAUAAAGAAUUGGAAGAUGAGGAAGAGUCAGAGAGCUCCUUUUCUUCACCUCCUGACAGUGCCUCAAUAGCAUCUGACCGAUGUGAUAAAGAGGACGAAGCACAUUCUGAUGGGAAUCAGUUUCCUCCUAUUGCAGCUCAAGAUCUUCAGUUUGUUCUGAAGGCUGGAUAUCUGGAAAAACGCAGAAAAGACCACAGUUUUCUUGGCUUUGAAUGGCAGAAGCGUUGGUGUGCUAUCAGUAAGACGGUUUUCUACUAUUAUGGAAGUGACAAAGACAAACAACAGAAAGGUGAAUUUGCCUUAGAGGGCUACACCAUCAGAAUGAAUAAUAGCCUUCGGAAGGACGCAAAGAAAGAUUGCUGUUUUGAAAUCUCCGCUCCUGAUAAGCGCAUUUAUCAGUUUACAGCUGCCACUCCCAAAGAAGCAGAGGAAUGGGUACAGCAAGUGAAAUUUGUAAUUCAAGAUAUGGAAUCUAAUACUAUUCCUGAGGAAGAGGAGGAAUAUGAUGAUGUUGGACAUGCAAGCAGUGAGCCAAUAGAUGACAGCAUUUAUGAAGAACUUCCAGAAGAAAAUGCUCCUCCAAAGGCUGAAAUGCCAAGGAAAUGGAGCCAGGAGAAAGUAGACGCUGCAUCAGAUGGCAAAAAUACCGAUUAUGCCAAUUUCUAUCAGGGUCUGUGGGACUGCACCGGAGAUGUACCUGAUGAGCUGACAUUUAAGCGUGGUGAUGUUAUCUACAUUCUCAGCAAGGAGUACAAUAGAUUUGGCUGGUGGGUAGGAGAAAUGAAGGGAACCAUUGGCUUGGUGCCUAAAGCCUACAUAAUGGAGAUGUAUGAUAUUUGAGAGGCCUGGGAGAAGUCUGCGCUUGAAAUCAGGAGUGGUGUGCAGCUGCAGUUUACAGACCUGACCUCUGAAAGAUGAAGAUUCUGCCGUAUACAUUUUGUGGUUUCAGUGAAUGUAGUCAGAUUGUAGCCUUGUAUAUAUGUAUUAAACGUUCAAAACAGCAAUUGAUCACAA